AGAAGCAGGUUCCCUGUGGGGACACCGAUGCAGGACUCGAUCCCAGGACCCCAAGGAUCACCACCUGAGGUGAAGGCAGAUGCUCAACCACUGAGCCUCCCAGACUUAGAUAAAAAAAAGCAUGUAGAGCUGAAGAUGGACCAGGCUUUGCUGCUCAUCCAUAAUGAACUACACGGAACAAACAUGACUGUCUACUGGAAUUCUGAACGUUGUUAUCAUUGCUUGUUUCAGAUUCUGGUAAACGUUUCCUGGAGUGGGAAACCCGGGAAGCCUAGCAUUGCCGCAGUGGCGUUGAGCACCCAGCAUGGAUCUCUCCUGCAACUCAAUGACACCUUGGAAGAGAAAGAAAUUUGUAGGCUGGAAUACAAAUUUGGAGAAUUUGGAAACUAUUCACUCUUAGUAAAGCAUGUCCAUAAUGGAGUCAAUGAAAUUGCUUGUGACAUAGUUGUCAACAAGAAUCCAAUUGAUAGUAAUCUUCCUGUGUGUAUUGCGUUCCUUGUUGGUGUGGCGCUCAUCAUUGCAGUAUCCCUUCUAAGGUUCUUGUUGAGUUUGGAUGACUUUCAUAAUUGGAUUUCUAAAGCAAUAAAUUCUCGGGAAACUGAUCGCCUCAUCAAUUCUGAGCUGGGGUCUCCAGGCCGGGCAGGCUCCAUUGGUGGCGAGGCUCAACAAGAAGCAUGGCAUCCACCCAGCGCACUACCACGCCUCCGCUCUAUAGACACAUUUAGGGGGCUAGCGCUCAUCCUCAUGGUCUUCGUAAAUUAUGGAGGAGGAAAAUAUUGGUACUUCAAACACUCAAGUUGGAAUGGACUGACUGUGGCUGACCUUGUAUUCCCAUGGUUUGUAUUUAUUAUGGGAUCUUCGAUUUUUCUGUCGAUGACUUCCAUGCUGCAGCGAGGAUGUUCAAAAUUCAGAUUGCUGGGGAAAAUUGCAUGGAGGAGUUUCCUGUUAUUCUGUAUAGGCGUGGUCAUUGUGAAUCCCAAUUAUUGCCUUGGCCCCUUGUCUUGGGAUAAGGUGCGGAUCCCUGGUGUGCUCCAGAGGCUGGGGGUCACCUACUUUGUGGUUGCUGUGUUAGAGCUCAUCUUUGCCAAACCUGUGCCCGAAAGUUGUGCCUCGGAGAGAAGAUUCUUUUCCCUUCGAGACAUCAUCCUCAGCUGGCCCCAGUGGCUCUUCAUUCUGCUGCUGGAAAGCAUCUGGCUGGGCUUGACAUUCUUCUUGCCUGUUCCUGGAUGUCCGACUGGUUAUCUUGGCCCUGGCGGCAUUGGAGAUUUGGGGAAGUAUCCAAAUUGCACCGGAGGAGCUGCUGGCUACAUUGACCGCCUGCUGCUGGGAGAUGACCACAUUUACCAGCAUCCUUCUUCGGCCGUGCUUUAUCACACCAAGGUGCCCUACGAUCCAGAGGGAAUUUUAGGGACCAUCAGCUCCAUUGUGAUGGCAUUUUUAGGAAUUCAGGCAGGAAAAAUACUCUUGUAUUACAAGGAUCAGACCAAAGAUAUUCUGAUCAGAUUCACUGCCUGGUGCUGUUUUCUGGGGCUUAUUUCUGUUGCUUUGACGAAAAUUUCUGAAAAUGAAGGCUUUAUUCCAAUAAACAAAAAUCUGUGGUCCAUUUCAUAUGUCACUACACUGAGCUCCUUUGCCUUCUUCAUCCUGCUUAUCCUGUACCCCAUUGUGGAUGUGAAAGGACUGUGGACGGGAACCCCAUUCUUCUACCCAGGAAUGAAUUCCAUUCUGGUGUAUGUUGGCCACGAGGUGUUUGAGAACUAUUUCCCCUUUCAGUGGAAGCUGGAGGACAACCAGUCCCACAAGGAGCAUCUAACUCAGAACAUAGUUGCCACUGCUCUUUGGGUGCUCAUUGCCUACAUUCUCUAUAAAAAGAAGGUUUUUUGGAAAAUCUGACAGCUCCAACUGGGUCUGGGGGGAGUAUGGAAGCAGCCUUUAUUAAAGGGAACCAUUACUUAUAAAACUGCUGGGAUGUGUCUUUCCAGAUGAUUGGGGAAGAUGCUGAUGUGCUCUGGCUGGUUUACUGGGACAUGGCUGUUCAUCAGAACUCUGUAUAUUUGAGACUUGUAUGUUUGGAAUAUAAUUGUCUUUUUUCUCCAUCUUCUAUGUAAAUGGAUGUAUUUAGAACUUCAUUUUAAGGAUUUCUCAUUUAACUUUUCAAAAGGAAAUUGCCAGGGUCAUUUUGCUUCUGUGACGGAUAAAACAAAGUCUACUUUUUAUUGAUGUUUUCCUGCAGUCGUGCACACGUGCCAGCCAGGAACACCAUCAUUUCUAUUGCGGCUGACUAUGAGACUUAUGAACGUGAUGUGUAGUACUACAGCCCCAUAUUUUUUGGUUAAGUGCAGUUUAAUACUUCAAGAAAAAGUGAUUUCCUUUUCAGAUCUGCAGGGCGUUGGUGGGUCCAGAAAAUGCCUUUCUAGGAGGUGUUCCCUCCUUUUUCCUCGCUUGAAAAAGACAGUAAAAUACAGGUGUGCUGUUCCCAGCCACUCCUGCUCAUAGUUGUGAUACUUACAUACCUAUUUGCUUCUCUGUCCACCCGCUUGUCUGUUGUUCUCACUGUGCGCUGGCAUGCUGGAUGGCCGCUGGCACCCAGGGCUGUCCUGUGGCAGAGAGGAAAGCACACUGUCCUCUCUGUGGUGCCAGCUCUGCCAUUCUGGCCAUGUGAGAUGCCAGCAGGUCCCUUGGCCUCCCUGGGCUUUGGUUCCCUCAUCUGGGAAGUGUGGGAGACCGUGAUGUUCCUUCCAGCUCUUAGGCUCCCUGAAGUGGGAUACGUGAGUGACUUUUCUGAAAUCCUUAGGAAGAUAAUUUUAUUACAGAAAACUCUUCAGGAUAAAUGAUAACGAAAAGGUUAAAAAAAAACUCUCAUUGGAGUUAAAUCUUUUUAGAACGACCCUCCACAGUGGAGGCGCCUUUCCUGUGUGGGAUCCCAAAACCGAAGAGUUUCCUAGGAAUGAAGUCAGGAGAACACGCGAGGAGAAACUGCACUUUUCAUAUGAUGCAUCAUCAUGCUUACGAAUUUUCUGUGAGAAUUCCGUGCGGAAGGAAGUCGCUCUCCACCCUCCUGUGGUGGUGCACGGCCACCUCUGCAAUGCUGCUGCUGUCACCACAGCACGGACGAGCUGGCCUGCGCCUGCUCCGAACUGCCCGCCGGACCCCUGCCUUCGCGCCCUCCUUCCCUGGUCAGACCCUCCCCGUGGGGCUGCCCAGGCCCGUGAAGGCCUCCUGUGCCUCCAGCUGCCCGCCAGGUGCUGCCCUGGCAGGGCCCACACCUUGGCUUCCGACUCUGCCUGGGGCCUCCUGGUUUAAUAUUCUCCUGUGUACACCUGACCUUUGGAGCCCCUGCUUCUGAGGCACCUUCUUUGACCUCACGUUCUCCUCCCAAAGCCCUGUGUUCUUCCCCUGGUGACGCCGUGCUGGGGUCGGCCUGCUGUGACAGGUCCUGUGUCCACGCCCCGUUCCACGCACUAGCCAUGGGCUGGCCACGGGCAAGGAUUGUGCCUCUUCACCUGUACGUUACUCACCGUGCAAACCUAGAGCCUCGUACUCGGCAGGCGCUAAAUAAAUGCAUAGCAGAGCGAA